GCUGGGAGCGGCGUGCGAACUUGCGCAGGCAGCGAGCGUCGGCUCUCUCCGCCUGCUGCCCCGGCUCUGCCUAAUGAGCUGCACCAGAGACUCCACGGGAGGGCAAGUUGACUGACUGCCGAGUUGAAUCUGGCAUCCGGGAGGCCUCGGAGGUGUGGAGAUUUGCUUUGUGCUUCUUAGGCGGAGCUGAUUUUGAAUGAUCCAGGUUUUAGAUCCACGGCCUUUGACAAGUUCAGUCAUGCCAGUGGAUGUCGCCAUGAGGCUCUGCUUGGCUCAUUCGCCACCUCUGAAGAGUUUCCUGGGCCCUUACGAUGACUUUCAACGGAGAAAUUUUGUCAACAAAUUAAAGCCUCUGAAACCUUGUCUCCAUAUAAAACAGGAAGCCAAAUCACAGAACGACUGGAAGCGUUCACACAACCAAGGCAAGAAACGAGUCGUGUUUGCUGACUCCAAGGGUCUCUCUCUCACCGCCAUCCAUGUCUUCUCUGACGUCCCAGAAGAACCAGCGUGGGAUCUGCAGUUUGAUCUCUUGGACCUUAAUGAUCUGUCCUCUGGCUUAAAACUCCAUGAGGAGAAAAACUUGAUUUUAGAUUUCCCUCAGCCUUCAAGUGAUUACUUAAGUUUUCGGAACCACUUUCAGAAGAACUUUGUGUGUCUGGAGAACUGCUCUCUGCAAGAGCGAACAGUGACUGGGACUGUGAAAGUGAAAAACGUGAGCUUUGAGAAGAAGGUUCAGGUCCGUAUUACUUUUGAUACCUGGAAAAGCUACACCAAUGUGGACUGUGUCUACAUGAAAAAUGUGUAUGGUGGCUCAGAUAGUGAUACCUUCUCAUUUGCCAUUGACUUACCCUCUGUUAUUCCAACUGAGGAAAAAAUCGAGUUCUGCAUUUCUUACCAUGCUAAUGGGCAGGUCUUCUGGGACAACAACGAUGGUCAGAAUUAUAGAAUUGUCCAUGUGCAAUGGAAACCUGAUGGAGUACAGACACAGAUGGCACCCCAGGACUGUGCAUUCCACCGGGGGUCCCCCAAGGCUGAGUUAGAGUCAACAAUCUUUGGCAGUCCAAGGCUGGCCAGUGGGCUCUUCCCAGAAUGGCAGAGUUGGGGAAGAAUGGAGAACUUGGCCUCCUAUCGAUGAAUUAAGCAACCUAGUGACUGGUCUUGACCUGUCAUAUUCCCCAUGUAAUCCCCCAGGUCUAUAUUGCUCAAUAUUAGGAAGUCUUAGCUACUUUCCUUCAGUAGGUUUAGGUUUGAGCUUUUGGGACCUGGCUACAAAAAAGAAAAAAAAGUAGCCACUUGAGAAUUUAGUGUUGGGACCUAUAUCAAUGAUGCUGCCCAACUUCGCUGUGGAGGAUGAAGUAACAGCCUGGAAGUUCAUUUUUAUAAAAGUAAUACUUCUUAAAUGCCAUUUCUCCUUCCCUCUCAAUUGACUAGCUUUCAUGGUGGGCAAAGAAAGGUUGAGGAGGGACAGUUGAUGGUGAUGGAAAGCUGUAUUAAUGGUAUGAGGAAUGUCUGAAAAGUGUUCACAAAGCUCUGUAGCUUGAGUCAGAGUAGGAGCGAGAGGUCUGAUACUUAACUGUCGGUGAGAAAAUGUAAGGUUAUUUUGUGUUUUUAAGUUGGCUUUACAGUUCUCUCCUGGGGAAAUAAUAUGUAGAGGGGAGAAAAAGACCUAUAUAUUUCUCUGGAGAAAAACCAAACAAACUUUAGGGGUGUUGGGUGAUCCUGGAGAAAGGUGAGUUAUAACUCUGGAGCAUCAAAAUUUUAAGUGAAGCCUUUCUGUUCAAACAUGAUUUAUCAAAAACCGUGAUUUGGGGAAAGUUUAAGCAAAUCUGGCUUUGCAGUUGUAAUGCUUUGCGAACAAAACAUCAUGCGUGGGUUCCCAGAGAAUGCCGCUUAACCAAAAAGCCAUGCCAUCAUCAAUGGCUAACAACUUGUAGGGACUCUAAGUCAUGUCAAAGAUAGCUCUUUGCAAGUGCCUUGAUUAAACCAGAACAUUGUAGUUGCUUAACCCAAAUAUUUGAAGGGUCGUCUGAUAACUCAUGAGUGGCCUCAUGAGAAGGCCCACCCUGUAUGCUGGCAUUCCUCCUGCAGUACUACUGUAUCUUAGAGAGUGUUGUCAGUAUACACAACUCGCAUCCUUCAUAUUGAAGGUGACUUAUUUUUUUCACGACACUUUUUCGAUGUGAUGUUGGAAGUGAGGACUGACACUGAUUCUCAAUUCAAGAAUCCAGUACCUUGCACAUAAAAGUAGCAAUCUAUUUCUUGCCUCUAUUUAUCUUGUUGUUUUAAGUCUUUCUACCAAUUUCUUUGAUGUCAAAAUAUACAUUUUUUAGAAUGACUGUGAAUUGUUUUGAAUGUGUUGUAAUAUAUUUGUUUUGAGGUAUGCAUAAAUUCAUUCUGUAAGAUCUCAAGGACAGGAGUAUUUGCCUCUAUCACGUGCAUGUCCAUUGAGAGAUGUUCAGAGAAUGCAGUUAAUUUUAACAUGUGUGAUCUGCCAGGCCGGAAAAGUACUAUUGGAAUAACUCUACUGUGACAGUAUUUGAAGUUUGGCUAGCACCCACAUUUUUCUACUCUCAAUAUUUCACUCUCCUAUAGCUAUCUGUAGUGAAUGUCUCACUGUAAGAAUAAAAGUGUUUGAUAUAAGA